AUGAACCGUGGCUCAGACCCGAAGCUCGCUGCAGAGAUGGACCCUGACUCCGACGCUGGCCAGGUAGCUGUCGCCUUGGCUUACCAGCGCUUCGAGCCCCGCGCCUACCUCCGCAACAACUACGCGCCUCCUCGUGGAGACCUGAGCAACCCUGAUGGCGUCGGGCCUUGGAAGCUGCGCUGCAUGGCACAAGUCUUUGCCACAGGUGAGGUGUCCGGGCGGGUUCUCAUAGACAUUGGCUCAGGCCCCACCAUAUACCAGCUGCUCAGUGCCUGUGCCCACUUUGAGGACAUCACCAUGACAGACUUCUUGGAGGUCAACCGGCAAGAGCUGGGACUCUGGCUGCGAGAGGAGCCAGGAGCCUUUGACUGGAGUGUGUAUAGCCAGCAUGCCUGCCUCAUUGAGGACAAGGGUGAGUCCUGGCAGGAGAAAGAACGCCAGCUUCGAGCGAGGGUGAAGCGAGUCCUACCUAUCGAUGUGCACAAGCCCCAGCCCCUGGGAACUCCCAGCCUGGUCCCGCUGCCUGCUGAUGCCUUGGUCUCCGCCUUCUGCCUGGAGGCGGUGAGCCCGGAUCUUGCUAGCUUCCAGCGGGCUUUGCAUCACAUCACCACACUGCUGAGGCCCGGGGGUCAUCUCCUCCUCAUUGGGGCCCUGGAGGAGUCCUGGUACCUUGCUGGGGAGGCCAGGCUCUCUGUGGUACCAGUGUCAGAGGAGGAGGUGAGGAAGGCCCUGAUCCUUGGUGGUUACGAGGUCCGAGAGCUUUGCACCUACAUCAUGCCUGCCCACCUCCGCACGGGGGUAGAUGAUGUCAAAGGUAUCUUCUUUGCCUGGGCCCAGAAGAUGGAGGUGCAGGUGUGAGGGCCCCAUAUGCCAGGUGUCCUGUGCCUCCCAAACUCCUUAUCACCUGAAGGGGAACCUAAUAAAGCAACAGUCCCCUGC